UUGAUGUUGGAAGGAAAUAUUUCCACCUGUAUAAAACGCACAAAGGCACCGAGCGGGACUCGAAAACAGAACAGCACGUACUUCUCCCUCUCCAAGAAGUAAGAGUGAAAUGGGGAACCCGAAACUGAAGUGGACGUUGGAGGAAGAGGAAGCCAUAACGGCAGCAGUGGCGAAGUUCGGCACUGGCCAGUGGAAGAACAUUCUUAAGGACCCCGAGUUCGCGCCACGUCUCGCUAAUCGUUCCAACGUCCAGCUCAAGGACAAAUGGCGGAGCAUGCGUAAUAGAUCUGCAGUAAACAAAAUUACAUCUGGUGCUGUCUCCAAUGCCAGAGCUCAAAAUGCUGCUGCUUCUUUAAUUCCUGUGGGUAAUGCUGUCGGUGAUCCCUCUAAAAGAUCACUGGAUCUGGAAAAUGCUAUAAUGUACAAGACAAUGAUUUUUGAAGCAAUUUCAUCCAUCAAGGACCCCAACGGAUCCAAUAGUGGUGCUAUUGUGGGCUUUAUUGAGCGGAAGUAUAAGGUGCCGCAGAAUUUCAGAAAGUUAAUGAUUUCAGUUCUGAGGAGACUAGUUUUGAAAGGAAAACUUGAUAAGGUUCAGGACCGCUACAAGAUUAAAGAUGCUGCUUUGGGCACUGAAACACCUAUGCCGAAAGAAAGAGAAGUCCAACCAAGUCCAUCACAGAAUUCGCCAUCAAACAUCUCUGAAAAAAUCAAAGAUGCUUCUGCAAUAGCUGCCCAGAAGAUUGCUGAAGCACAAAAUAAAUCCCUUAUGGUAGCAGAAGCGGUUAAAGAGGCUGAAAGGAUCUCAGAAAUGGCUGAAGAUGCAGAUUCAGUUCUGCUAUACUUUAAAGAGAUUCUUGAACAAUGUUCACAGGGCAAAACUUUUAUCUUGCCUUAGGCCGUCUGAAGUUCAAUAAAGACUGAAGCCGAUCCAGAAAGGGAACUCGUCUUUUACAUUGUAGCAGAUGUUGAUACAGGCUUAUGCCCCUUGACUAGUAAAUCUUCAAAAUCAGUUGCACAGAAUUAAGGGAUGCUUGGAAGGUAGGCUCUACCUCUUUAACUGUUUCUGGGGUUUUAAGAAACGUUUUAUUUGAGGUAUAUGAUAACUAGUAGUUUUUA